AUGCGUUUCAUGGAAAUUCCACAGAGACUGCACCAAUUGUUACAGCAGCCUGAUCCUCUGGUUUUGACGCAUGUCAUCAAGCACAACGAAGGCGGAGCGGAGAAGAAUACGGCCUGUUAUGACAUAGAUGUGGAAGUUGAAGAUCCCCUGAAGCAACAUAUGGCAGCUUUUGUGCAUGCCCAGUCAAACACCCAAGAUAUAGCUAAUUUGGAUCAGAAAAUCUAUGACGUCGUUGAUCAGAUAAACGAAUGGAAGACACGUCGAGACUUUUACGUGCGUUUCGCUGAUCAUCCAUACGAGUUUAUUAGGAAAUGGCUUGUUAGUCAGAGCCAAGAUCUCAAGACCAUGACGGAAGCAAGUGGUGAGGGUGAGGCUGAACGACGAGCUGAUCAUUAUUAUAGGCCGGAAACACAGGAAGGUGUAUUCAGGUGAGU